AGGACAAUUCAGAGAUUUCAGGGCCUUGGGACAGCUGGUUAAGGGAUCAAGAGUGGGAUCAGUCCCUUCCAGUUGCAGAGAAUGAUGAGGGAAGAAGCAGGAGGAGUCAGCAGAUCAAUACCUGGCUCUGAGCCUGAUGUCACUGGAAGGAUUUGGAGUUUUUUGAUCAUGGGUCAAUUUAAAUGACAUGAGGCCUGCUGGUACCUCUGUCAAAAUGUCUUCUUUGCCUCAGUCUUUAGGAGUAAAACCAAUUGUUCUUGGAAUAUCCCAUCCCCUGAGCUGAAGAUAUGGAUGUGGAGCAGAAUGAAGCCACCAUAAUUGAAGAGGAAACAGUCAGGGACCUGCUGCACCACUUAGACAGAGACAAGUCGAUGGUGUCAAAUGGGAUCCACCCAAAAGUUCCUCCUAGGGAUGCACUGAACCUUCGUAACCGACGCGUCCUCAUCAGCACACUGAAAAUCCUCCAGCACCUGGUGGCAUCAGCUGACAUGGUGGGGGAGGCCUUGGUGCCUUAUUAUCGGCAAAUUCUCCCAGUCCUAAACAUCUUUAAGCAUUUGAAUGGAAAACUUUUCAGGUCAGUGGGAUUCCAGCGAGAGCCACAGUCUUUCCAUGAGGUUAAUUUAGGUGAUGGAAUAGAAUACAGCCAGCAGAAGCGUGAAAAUAUUGGAGUUCUCAUUCAAGAGACACUGGAAGCCUUUGAACGCUACGGUGGAGAAAAUGCUUAUAUAAACAUUAAAUACAUGGUUCCCACUUAUUGGUCGUGCCUUUAAACUGAAUUAUAUUAAACGGGAUGAUUCCAUCUGUGUACUAAAAAAACUGUAUCUGACUCUGUAUGGCAUCUUGUUAGUCAUGCUUUAUUUUCUCUACAGCUGCUAAAAUAGUGGCUUCUGGGGCAUUAGAGUGUUAGCACUAUUGUGAACAAGGCUUUCCAAUACAUAAAUAGUGUCUGUUCCUUUGAUUACAAUGGUGUACUGUGCUUGUUUGUACCCUGAAAGAAUCACUCCUUUAUAACAGAGCUGACUCGAGCAGGAAUCUGAGUUAAACCUUCACUUGUAUAGACAAUAAAACUAUAAUUUUCAUACGCGAUUCAGCAAUUGCUGUUCUGUGUCCGCUUGCCCUGAGGGUGAUGUCAGAGGCUGUA